AUGUUUUCUUGAAAUUUGGCGACAAUGAAUUUCUGACAUUUGACAAAAUUUGAUGUUGGUAGGCAUGUGAAUGUGACAUGUCAUUCGUACAGCCACGCAUGUACUGCAAUUUUUUAUUUUUUGAGUGUUUAUCUUAUACAUACCAUGGAGGGAUUGCUUCUCGAACCAACACUGUACACUCUCAAAGGAAUUGCUAUAUUGGAUAAUGAUGGCAACAGAAUAUUAGCUAAAUAUUAUGAUAAGAAUAUUUUCCCUACUGCCAAGGAGCAGAGGGCUUUUGAAAAGAAUUUAUACAAUAAAACUCAUCGAGCUAAUGCAGAAGUAAUCAUGUUGGAUGGCUUGACUUGUGUGUAUAGGAGUAAUGUUGAUCUAUUUUUUUAUGUUAUGGGGAGCUCACAAGAAAACGAGUUGAUUCUUAUGAGCGUAUUGAAUGCGUUAUAUGAUUCCAUCAGCCUAAUCUUGAGGAAGAAUGUUGAGAAAAGGGCUGUUUUAGAGUCUUUAGAUAUCUGUAUGUUAGCCAUGGAUGAAAUUUGUGAUGGAGGUAUUAUAAUGGAUGCUGAUUCUAGUUCUAUAGUAUCUAGAGUUGCUUUAAGAACAGAUGACAUACCAUUAGGAGAGCAAACUGUAGCUCAGGUCCUACAAUCAGCAAAAGAACAGCUAAAAUGGUCAUUGCUUAAGUAGGAAAUAGUAAAAGAUAUAAAUACAUGUUCAUAUAUUAUUUUAUUUAUUGUAAGUAUUCAAUCAUUUUAAAAUUUCCUUGUAAUAAAAUAUUAUCACAUUGAAA